AUGGGAUACAACGUAGAGGAUCACGAGUGUGCUAACUCCACAACAUCCUGCACUUUCGACCUCAUUAACGGAUACGGUUUAGCAGGGAUGGGAGGUGUAGGAUUCUUAAUGAGCACAGCUGCUAUCAUCUGUCUACAUUUCAACAUCAUAAAGCUACCCGGAUCUAAGAAGAUAUUUCUGGUAAACGUAGCUCUGAAUGAUGCUCUGAUCGGUUUGAUAGCUGUUCCUAGAGGGUUGAGUAUCAUCUCCCCACACUUCAUGGGUGUUAGAGAUGAUGGGUCUGUGUCCUGGUACUGCUAUUUCUUCCCCUUCCCUGCGUACUUUGUAUGGGAUUCCAUUAUGUUUACCCUGAUACCUCUGACAGCGGAUAGAUUCAUUGCUCUGGUAUUUCCUACUAAAUACAGAGAUCUCAUGACUCCAACAGUGAGUAAAGUACUGGUUGUAUCCUCCUGGCUUCCUUCUGGAAUAAUCCAUCUCCUUUACGAUCCGAUAAGAUACGCGAUUGGGGCAAUGGAGGUAAAAUAUCAGCCAUCUUACAACAGAUGUGUGUUUGACGUGGAAAGGCUCCUACCGAUUCUAACACUGUUAGUUCCCCUUAUCGCUAUUGGUAUUAUGUAUCUGAUCAUAAUUAUAUCAAUUGUAAAGAAUAAGAUCCAAGUUGGAAGGCUGUUGAUAACUACCUCUGCUAUUCUACUAACUGGUGUGAUGGUGGCAAUGCCCAUCAUUCUAAUGGUCACUGCCAACCUCAGGAUGUCUUACAAAGUGGCCCAGAUAUGUACUAUUACUUUAUAUCACAGCAAUUGUAUUUUCAAUCCAGUGAUCUACUUCAUAGCCAAUCCAAGGAUAGCAUCCCAGAUAAAAGAUCAAGCUUCUGAAAGAGGUCGAAGCAUGAAAAGGCGAAUUACAGUAACCUUGGCGAGGACGGUCAGCGAAUUUGAUCUUCAGACCUAUACUCCUGUUGACCCUGAGGACAAAGAUCAACGGCCUCCUAGUUCUAAAUGA